AGCACCCGAUUUAAAGACCACCCAAGGGUUCCUAGGCUCCAAACCAGAUGUGAACCUCUACCAAAUGUCUUCUUAGUGGAUGACACCUUGUAUUGGAGACCUGAAUCCACUUCUAAUGCUCUGAAAGUGAGAACUAAGGACGGUCACAUUACAGCCUGCAACCAACCAGAACCUUGUAUAUAUUUUCAGGGCUCAGGACACUGCUUACAUACAGUUCCAUGUCCAUGGAACCACCUAGUGAUUACUUUCCAUAUUCCUCAUGGGAACUCAUUAAAAAUCCCCGUAGACAAGCUCAUUGACCACCUAUCCACCUGUUCACCUCUAGAUCCUUUUAUGAAAGGAAAUUUAAGAAUGGAAAAAAAUGAAGCAGAAAAACACCUCAAGUACUUUCAGCAGCAGUAUCUGGGAAGAAGCCAAGAACUCCGACCAAAAGUAGAUUCCAGUCAAGGAGAGCAGUUUGGCAGACGCACUGACCGGACGCCUCUUAGAGAGAUAAAUACAAAUGUCAAGGUCAAGGGAGAAGAACGAAGAAGAGCAGCUAAACCAAAUGAAAAGCUACAUGACUGCAGAGCCCCCACCAUGGAAAAUGAAGAGGUUACCGCCAAUGAGAUAAAUAACUCCACGUUACAAAGUGAACAGUUCUCUCAGUCUAUGUUGGACUGUCAAAAACAGCUGAUAACGUCUAUUGAAAAUCUCGGAAAAAAUCUCUCAGAAGGUUUCCACAGUCUUUGCCAGGAACUAAGAAAUGUGACCGAUGCAAUUACUUCUUUCCAGAUGGACAUAUCGAGACGAGAACAUCGUCCUCUAUCAUCUAUAGAAACAAAGGCUGGACGAAACACCGUCCCUACAUUUACCUCGAGUCCAUCUUCAUCGUUACGAUUGGAUGAUCUUACAACCACUUUAAGGGUUGUGGAUGGUCCUGAAGAGGACGGUUCUCAGUGUUAUGGGGAGCAGAAGUCCUUAUUGAACGAAGAUAGUUUAGAGGCUCAAAUGGAUGGUGGGAAACCUGCAGAAGCUAAAAGGGAUAGCAAAAGAGGAGACCCUCAUAUUGGAGAAAGCAUCAAACAAUAUGGUCCCCCAUUUAAAAAAAAGAAAUACAGAUGUAGCAGGUUUAGCAAUCAAACUCUUUUCUCAAAAUACUUAAAUCAUCGCGUUAUCUCGAAAAAAAAGCCAUUGAAAAGAAAAAAAAAUGAAGGUGUUUCCUUAACGCAUUUAGUUUAGAUAAGACGUCUCAUAAAGCAUGAGUGUUAACUCUACUGCAAAAAAUAAAUAAAAAUAAAUGUUAAUUUUGGUUUAAAAAAUGAUUUCUGUGCAGAAGAUGACUUUCAGUCUGUGACAUCAUUAGAACAUCCAGAUCCCAGAAACAUCUCUGUAUCUGAUUGACGACAUAAAGUGAAGUUCCGGCCGGGGACAUCAUGACUUCUCCUGUCCUCACAGAUACUUCCUGCCUUCCAGUAGAUGAAUGGAUCCCCCCCCGGUGCGAUGCUGCAGAGAGGUGGUUGUUCUGGAAAUGUCCAUCUUGCCCAUGACAAUCGAAGAAAGUUCUGCGGCUGAUCUAUUCACACGCAGCAGAUUUGUGGCAGUAAUUUCUGUCUGACAUUGCAGAAGCUUCUCCCCUCUCUGUUUGUGACUUCACCGAAGUGUGCGGCUUACUUCACACCGGCCUGGUGAGGAAUGGCGCUCCAGGAUUAGGUCAGUAUUGACUAUAACGGGGUCCAUCGGGUUUCCAUCAUGGUGUCCGGCGGUUACCAGACGGAAUAGCAGUCUGCGCUGU